AUGGAUUCCNUGAUUGAUAAAUUUUUCAAUGAAUAUAACAUUCUGUGGGAGAACUGUGUUGGACUAUGCACAGAUGGAGCUCCAUCUAUGGCAGGAAAAAACGCUGGUCUACAGGCACUAGUUCGAAAGGUGGCUCCUCGGGCAAGUUGGACGCAUUGCAUGAUUCAUAGACAAUCACUUGUUUCAAGAGAUAUGGGUGAAGAUUUACUAACAGUAUUUCAAGUUAUUAUAAGAGUUGUAAAUUUUAUCAAAAAUAGCCCAUUAAGAGGAAGGCUUUUCGCAAACUUGUGUAAUGACAUGGGUUCAGAAUAUACAUCACUUCUAUAUUAUUGUGAGGCACGUUGGCUUUCUCGUUCCAAAGUACUUCAAAGGGUGUUUGAGCUAAAACAAGAGAUCGCCAUAUUCCUUACUGAUAAUAAUAGAGAUGAAGCAAACUUGUUUUAUGACACGAAAUUCCUUGUAAAACUUACGUAUUUAGUGGAUAUUUUUCAAAGACUCCGUACUUUAAAUAAAUCAAUGCAAGGGCCUCAAAUUCAUGCUUUUGGCGAGAAAGACAAGGUUACUGCAUUUAUGAGAAAAUUGGAACUGUGGAUAAUAAGUUUGAAAAAUAAUAACUUUGACAUGUUUCCCACUUUUAAAAUUACCUGUCUUGCAGAUGAAAUAGAAGAAAGUAAAGUUCUUAUUAAUAAACACUUGACCAGUUUAAGGGAGCAAUUCUCGUUUUACUUUAAAGAUCUUGACAUGUCCAAAUAUGAAUGGAUUAGAAACCCGUUUGUGAUUGAAAAAUAUGAUGAUUUUGGUCUUACGACAGCAGAGCAGGAAAUGAUAAUUGACUUAUCUAGUGACAGCACAUUAAAGCAGAUGUUUCAACACAAAAAUAAUAUUGUCACGUUUUGGUUACGAGUAAAGGACGAGUUUCCUACUUUAACAAAUAAAGCUUUAGAAAUUUUAUUGCCCUUUGUAACAUCUUACUUAUGUGAAACUGGGUUUUCCGCAGUAGCUGUCUUAAAGACAAUGUAUCGAUCUUGCUUAAAGAUUGAAAAGGAACUGAGAACCGCGAUAUCUUCAAUGAUACCACGGUUUGACAUAAUUUGUGCUGAAAAACAAGCUCACCCUUCACAUUAA